AUGACUCAGGCGUUGAGACAGAGUAGUCGGGGUCUCUGGCCAUCAAGAAUAAUUCCCUGGAAUGGAUUUCUUGAAGAAGUAACUCAAUUCAGCUUCGAUCAAAGAGAGCAAAAGUUCAGUAGGCCCCAAUUUGUUGAAGGUAUAAGAGCUCACGUUGAAUAUAAUGUUAAAACUGCUAUGGAUUUUAAUAUCUUUCGUACAUUGAAUUCGCUUUUGUCCCCAACAUUUGAGUUUUUAAAACAAAAAGAUUCUGACUUUAAUUUUGAUGAUUCAAACAUUGGCCUUGGAAAAUCAGAUUUUACUUGCCAAAAGUAUGAUAGUUCUAAUGAUCAUACAGGAAAAAGAAUCAUAGAAAUCAAAAGAGACUGUGUUAUGACACAGUUACGUGAGAUUAGUUUAAGUGAAUUAUUUGAUGAACACUUUACUGGUCAUGCACGUGGCGAUUUGGUUAACGUAAUUAGUCAGGUUUACAACUAUAUGAUCGUGGACAAAUUACAAUAUGGCAUAAUUGCAACCUAUAAUUACCAUUGGUUCUUUCACCGUCCAAAUGCUGAUCUAUCAAUACUAUUAAUUUCUGAAUCUCUUCUGUUACAGUCAACAAGUCCGCCAGUAUUCAAAACUUAUGUAUACUUGGUCCGCCUGGUAACAAGUAAACCUAAAUCACCUCAUCUAAAUGUAAUUUCAGGACGAACUAGACAAGAUAUCAGAGUACAAGGUUUCAGAAUUCAAAACUUGGGUUUCUAUAACCAAAGUUUCAGUCAAAGUUUGGGUCCAGAUAGGAGUUAUUUUGUGAAGAGGAAUUCUUCAAAUAAAAUUAAUGGAGAUGUUCUUGCAAAGCGUAAAUUUGCACUUAUAGGGUUGUUUACAGCAUUCUACCAACUAAGUACUAUUAGUGGAAUUAUCUCAAAACAUGUGAAGGAUCAUUAUGUUGAAUGUUUAUUGUGUGAGUUUGCACAAUGGGCACGAUAUUAUGAAUGGAAGGUAGAGGGUCAGUUAGAUUACAGUAAAUGGAUACUGAAAUUCAAAGAAGCAGAUAAUGCCGUAAUUUCAACAAAAAUGGUUUCUUCUAAAAUAAUUUCCUAUGAAAGUUUAGAUUUAGAAAUUUAUUAUAGACUUAAUGCUAUUGACAGAGAAUCCUAG